CCCAGGUUCACCUGGAGGGGAACCGUCUAGUUCUAACUUGCAUGGCUGAAGGCAGCUGGCCUCUGGAAUUCAAAUGGAUCUACAACAGCACCGAACUGACGCGCUUCUCCCUGGAGUACAGAUACCUGAUCCCGUCCCUGGACCGAUCGCAUGCUGGCCACUACCGCUGCAUUGUCAGGAACCGAGUGGGUGCUAUAAUGCAGUGCAGCACAGAAGUACAAGUUGCCUAUAUGGGUGGUUUUGUAGAGGGCGAGAGAUCGCAAACUGUAUCCCAGGGUGAAGGUGCUCUCAUCUACGCUCCACGCAUUCACAGCUUCCCCAGACCGCAGAUCACAUGGUUCAGAGAUGGGCGUAAGAUUCCCUCCAGCAGUCGCAUUGCCAUCACCCUGGACAACACACUGGUCAUUCUGUCCACGGUGGCUCCUGAUGCAGGACGCUACUAUGCGCAGGCUGUCAAUGACAAGAAUGGCGAGAAUAAGACCAGCCAGCCCAUCACACUCACAGUGGAGAAUGUAGGGGGGCCCGCAGACCCCAUCGCCCCCUCCAUCAUCAUUCCCCCCAGAAAUACCAGUGUAACAGUUGGGAGAAACGAGGCUGUCAUGGAGUGUGUCGCCAACGCAAGACCACUUGUCAAAAUGAGUAUCACUUGGCGAAAAGAUGGAGUGGUGGUCAAUACAGGGAUCCGGGAUUUUGGCCGAAGAUUGGUCAUCAGUCUGCCUGCGGUCAGUGACAGUGGCUACUACGAGUGUGAGGCAUCACUCCGCAGCAGCAGUGUCCCCUCAGUCACUGCUGGCGCCUACCUGCAUGUUCUUGAGCAUCCUCUGUUUGUAAAAGAGCCACCAAGUCACAUCAGUGCCGAGAUGGAGAAGGUGGUGGAUAUACCCUGUCAGGCACGAGGCACACCACAGCCAGAUAUAGUGUGGUAUAAAGAUGCCGUGCCCAUAAGUCCAGUGAAGAUCCCCAGGUACAGAGUGCUGGUAGGCGGCAGUCUGCAGAUAAACGGUCUUCUGCCAGACGACACAGGGAUGUUUCAGUGCUUUGCCCGGAACCUGGCAGGAGAGAUCCAGACAAACACCUACCUAGCUGUUACUAGUAUUGCUCCCAACAUUACUGCCGGGCCCUCCGACAGUGCAGUGAUUGACGGCAUGUCAGUCAUUCUUCACUGUGAGACCUCUGGAGCCCCGCGGCCAGCCAUCACCUGGCAGAAAGGUGAACGUGUCUUGGCCAGCGGCUCGGUGCAGCUGCCCAGGUUCACCCUGCUGGAGUCAGGCAGCCUCUUAAUCAGCCCCUCCCACCUGUCAGAUGCUGGGUCCUAUACCUGUAUGGCCAGUAACUCCAGGGGAAUCGAUGAAGCUGCAGCUGACCUGGUGGUCUGGGCACGGACCCGCAUCACCAAGCCGCCACAGGACCAGAGUGUCAUCAAAGGGACCAAGGCUGUUAUGACCUGUGGUGUAACCCAUGACCCCAGUGUCACUGUCAGGUAUGUGUGGGAGAAGAGCGGCUCGGUGAUUGACGUGAACACGUCGCCCCGCCUGCGGCUGGAUCCCGAUGGGACCCUGCACAUCUCCCAGACGUGGUCGGGUGACAUCGGAACAUACACCUGCAGGGUGACCUCGGUGGGCGGCAAUGACUCCCGCAGCGCCCAUCUCCGAGUCAGGCAGCUGCCCCAUGCCCCAGAGAACCCAAUAGCAACUCUAAGUAUCACCGAGAAGAGGGCCAUCAACUUAACAUGGGCCCAGGCUUUUGAUGGUAACAGCCCCCUGAUCCGCUACAUCCUUGAAGUCUCAGAGAACAAUGCCCCGUGGACAGUGCUGCUGGCCAACAUUGAACCAGAGUCCACUGGGGUGACAGUGGGUGGCCUCAUCCCAGCUCGUUCCUACCAGUUCCGCCUGUGUGCCGUCAACGACGUAGGCAGAGGACAGUUCAGCAAAGAGACUGACCGACUAUCUCUCCCAGAAGAGCCUCCUAGCGCCCCUCCUCAGACUGUCAUCGCCAGUGGCCGAACUAACCAGUCCAUUAUGAUCCAGUGGCAGCCGCCCCCAGAGGGCCAUCAGAACGGUCCACUCCAGGGCUACAUCAUCAGGUACUGUCUGUCGGGUCUUCCUGUGGAUUGUCAGAUAAAGAACAUUACUAAUCCAGACCAGACCAACUUGCUCCUAGAGGAUCUCAUCAUCUGGACCAACUAUGAGAUUGAGGUGGCAGCCUAUAAUGGGGCAGGCAGGGGCACCUACAGCCACAAGGUCACUGAGUGGACACUGCAAGGAGUGCCCACUGUGCCACCAGGAAAUGUACAAGCUGAGGCUGUCAACUCCACCACAGUGCGUUUUACUUGGAGUGCCCCAAGCCCUCAGUUUAUCAAUGGGAUCAACCAAGGAUACAAGCUGUUGGCAUGGCCCCCCAACCACGAGGAAGAGGUGGCCAUGGUAACCGUGCGUCCUAACUUCCAGGACAGUGUUCAUGUGGGCUACGUCACCGGGCUGAAAAAGUUCACCGAGUAUUAUACUUCAGUACUGUGUUUCACCACUCCAGGAGAGGGGCCACGCAGCCCACCUCAGCGGAUACGUACCCAUGAGGAUACUCCCGGUGCUGUGGGACACCUUAGUUUCACUCAGAUCUUGGACACCUCACUGAAAGUCAGCUGGAAAGAGCCACAAGAGAAGAAUGGUAUCCUCACAGGCUAUCGCAUCUCCUGGGAGGAGUUCAACAGGACCAACACUCGGGUGACCCAUUAUUUGCCCAACGUGACCCAGGAGUACAGGGUGACGGGGCUCACUGCCCUCACCACUUACACCAUCCAGGUGGCAGGCAUGACCUCCAAGGGCCAAGGCCAGCUCUCCUCUUCCACUAUCUCCUCUGGUGUCCCACCAGAGAUGCCAGGUCCUCCGACCAACAUAGCCAUCUCCAACAUUGGCCCUCGCUCAGUCACUCUGCAGUUUAAACCUGGUUAUGAUGGCAAGACUUCCAUCUCCCUUUGGCAGGUGGAGGCUCAGAUUGGUAUAAUAGGAGACAAUGAGGAGUGGCUGAUGGUCCAUCAGCUGGCUAAUGAGCCUGAUGCUAGAUCAUUAGAGGUUGUGGACUUGAACCCCUAUACCUUCUACAGGUUCCGUAUGCGUCAGGUGAACAUCGUGGGCACCAGUCUGCCCAGUCAGCCCUCCAGAAAGAUCCAGACCCUGCAGGCCCCACCCGACAUCUCCCCCGCCAAUGUCACCUUGCGCACAGCCAGUGAGACCAGUCUGUGGCUUCGAUGGGUGCCUCUUCCAGAAUGGGAAUAUAAUGGGAACCCAGAACUGGUGGGCUACAGGGUGCAAUACUCCAGAAGCGGGUCAAAUGGAGGGGUUCUUUCUCAUGUCAUCAUGGACCGACUGGAGAGGGAGUUCACCAUUGAGGACUUGGAGGAGUGGACUGAGUAUGAAGUCAGAGUUCAGGCCAUAAAUGGCAUUGGCUCUGGGCCCUGGAGUCAACCAGUCCAUGGCAGGACAAGGGAGUCUGUGCCUUCCAGCGGUCCCACCAAUGUGUCUGCCUUUGCCACCACCUCCAGCAGCAUCCUGGUCCGCUGGGGAGAGGUCCCAGAGACCGACCGCAACGGACUCAUUCUGGGGUACAAGGUAGUGUACAAGGAGAAGGACGCAGACACAGCUCCCAAGUUCUGGACAGUAGAGGGCAACACCAGCCACAGUGUCCAGCUGAGUGGCCUGGGCAAAUACGUCCUAUAUGAAAUCCAGGUCCUGGCCUUCACACGUAUAGGAGACGGCAGGAGCAGCUCCCCAUCCAUCCUGGAGCGAACCCUGGAUGAUGUGCCAGGACCCCCAGUUGGCAUCCUGUUCCCAGAAGUCAGGACCACCUCAGUCAGGCUGAUCUGGCAACCUCCUGCCCAGCCUAAUGGCAUUAUCCUGGCCUAUCAGAUCACAUACCGACGGAACUCUUCCAAUAGCAAUGCUGCCACCGUUGAUGUGCUGAGCCCCAGUGCGCGACAAUACACAGCGACUGGACUGAAACCAGAAAUGGUUUAUGUAUUCCGCCUCACUGCCCAGACUCGAAAGGGUUGGGGAGAGGCUGCAGAGGCACUGGUGGUCACAACAGAAAAGAGAGCACGACCUCAGCCCACUAGCCGUCCCAUAGUGCCUCAGGAGGAGGUUCAAGCUCGCAGAGUGUUGUUGUCAUGGGAACCAGGCAGCGAUGGCCUAUCCCCAGUCCGCUAUUACACAGUCCAAUACAGAGAACUACCAGAUAACAAUUGGACUGUCCACUCUGCAUCAGUCAACCAUGAGGCCAACUCAUACAUAGUGGACAGGCUAAAGCCCUUCACUUCUUACCAGUUCCGAGUUAAAGCCACCAAUGACAUCGGGGACAGUGAGUACAGUGAGGAGAGUGAGGCCAUCACAACACUACAGGAUGCCCCAGACAAAGCCCCCACAAUUCUGUCUGUCACACCACACACCACCACAUCUGUACUGGUUCGUUGGCAGCCUCCUUCUGAGGACCAGAUCAAUGGAGUACUACUAGGGUUCAGGGUCAGGUACCGGGAGUUACACUACGACCGGCUGCGUAGUUUCACCGUCCGUACAGUCAACAGUCCAUCAGCCAACUGGGCCGAACUCACUGCUCCUUACAGCGUCAGGAAUUUGAGUGAAUCCUCACUCACACAAUACGAAUUGGAUAACUUAAGCAAACACAAGCGCUAUGAGAUCCGUCUCAGUGUGUACAAUGCCGUAGGGGAGGGUCCUAGCAGUGCUCCACAGGAAGUUUUCGUUGGAGAGGCGGUCCCCACAGCCCCACCCCAAAACGUGGUCAUCCAGUCCUCAACAGCAACACAGCUUGAUGUCACAUGGGACCCACCUCCUCCAGAUGCACAGAAUGGGGACAUCCAGGGUUACAAGAUUUAUUUCUGGGAGUUCCAGCUGCAGAAUGAGACAGAGCGUUUGCGCACUCUCUUCCUGCCGGAGCUUGGGGUGAAGCUAAAAAACCUGACAGGCUACACGACAUACAUGAUCAGUGUGGCAGCUUUCAAUGCUGCAGGGGACGGUCCUCGUUCCCUGCCCACCAGAGGGCGCACUCAACAAGCAGCCCCCAGUGCUCCCAGCUUCAUCCACUUCAGCGAGUUGACCACCACGUCGGUCAACGUGUCCUGGGGAGAGCCCAAGCAUGCGAAUGGCAUCAUUGAGGGCUACCGUCUGGUUUACGAGCCCUGCACUCCAGUGGAUGGUGUCAGUAAGAUAGUGACAGUUGAUGUGAAGGGCAGCGCACCCCUGUGGAUGAAGAUUAAAGACCUGGCAGAUGGCGUCACCUAUAACUUCCGAAUUCGGGCCAAAACCCUCACUUAUGGUCCCGAAGUGGAGGCCAACAUCACCACCGGGCCUGGAGAAGGAGCCCCUGGCCCUCCUGGGGAACCCUUCAUCUCUCGUUACGGCACCGCCCUCACCCUGCACUGGACCAGUGGUGACCCAGGCCGUGCACCCAUCACACGAUACGUCAUUGAAGCCAGGCCCUCUGAUGAGGGACUGUGGGAUAUCCUCAUCAAAGACAUUCCUAAGGAAGUGACAUCAUACACACUCAACCUGGACAUGCUAAGAGAAGGGGUUACCUAUGACUUCCGCGUCAUUGGCGUCAAUGACUAUGGCUACGGGUCCCCCAGUGCCCCCUCCCCUUCCAUAUCAGCCCAGAAAGUGUCUCCAUUCUAUGAGGAGUGGUGGUUCCUGGUGGUGAUUGCUCUGGUUGGCCUCAUCUUCAUCCUCCUCCUUGUUUUCAUCCUCAUCAUCCGUGGUCAGAGCAAAAAGUACACCAAGAAGGCCGACUCAGGCAACCACUCCAACUGCACAGCACUGCCUCUGAGCCAUGGAGAGAUGGUGCGUCUGGAUGAGGGACGCUUCCCGGCCCUGGAGCUCAACAACAGACGCCUGUCUGUCAAAAACUCCUUUUGCCGCAAAAAUGGCAUCUAUACCCGGUCUCCCCCAAGGCCCAGUCCUGGCAGUCUGCAUUACUCAGAUGAGGAUGUCAGCACUAAGUAUAAUGACCUGAUCCCAGCAGAGAGCAGUAGCCUAACUGAGAAACCCUCUGAGAUAUCUGACUCUCAGGGCAGUGACAGUGAGUACGAGAUGGACCAGAGCCGACAGAAGACCCACUCCUUCGUCAACCACUACAUUAGCGACCCCACCUACUACAACUCCUGGCGGAGGCAGCAGAAGGGCGUCUCCCGUCCACCGGCGUACGGCUUCUCCCAGCCCGAGCCCCUGGUGGAACAAGAGUCCCGACAGCACCCGCCACCACUGCCCCCCCUGCCCCCUCUGCUGCCCCAGAGCGCCCCAUCCCCACAGCCCCAGGGCCCGGGUCAGGGCACUUUAUUCAGGCCUAAGGGAAGCCGGACUCCCACCCCAUCCCUGUUGUCUUCCGAACCCCCCAGCCAGCACAGCACCCUCUACCGGCCCCCCAGCAGCCUGGGCUGUGCCUCUCAGGCACCCACCGCGGGCUUCUCCUCUUUUGUUUGACACACAGCUCUCCUUCCAAUAACAACAGGACCCUGAGGACAACUCUUUAAUUUUGUUGUUGUUGGUUUAUUUGUAUUUUGCUUUUUUGGGAUUGGUUGUUUUUUUCUGUCUUGCUGACAGAGUUGUUGCUCAAUAUUAAGCAUUGCAAGCAUCUUGAAUAGCGUUUUCUCCUCUGUGAAGAGCGUGUGUGUGUGCUCUGUGUUUGCGUGCGUGCGUGUAUGUGUGUAUGUGUGCGCGUGUGUGUAUGGCUGGUUAAUUCAUGUCUUAUGUAUUUUCUGAAAAAGACAAUCAUUUGAAAGUUUUGUUGUGUCGCUUAAGUACAUUUAUUUUACGGUACAACCAUAUCUGUAAACAAGGGAGAAUCUGAGAUUCCGAAAAAAAGAAAUCCUUGUUUUAAAAACACUGUAUAAUUGUUUAAAAUGAGAGCUUUAUGGCAAAAAGGAUUUACCUUAGAACCAUAAACUAUGGACCAGUUGGCUUGCUGAGACUGGACAGUGGAGGAACUGACUCUAAUGGAAUGAUGAGACAUUUGAACAAAGGAUGAAUCAGUAGAAAGAAAGGACCUCUGACCUGGAGAAAGGCACUAGUGGCCCUCAACUGCAGUAGGAUUGCUGCCUUUGACCUUCUCACGCUGCCUAAUCAUUGUUGGAACUGCAUCUGUGUUUACUAUCUGUACUUGACCCAUAUUGUUUAUCAGAUAUUUGUAUCAAUCAGCUAAAAGCUCAGCAUUUUCAGAACAUCACUAGUGACAAUGUUAUGAAUCACAUUAAAGCAUUGUGGCACCUUUAUAGUAGUCUGGGGAAUGUGUUGUUUGUGCACUGCUACCCAUAUCAAUAGACAAAAGAGUUCGGACAGCUUUUGUUAUGUGAACCCAUUUGCUUAUAUGUUGACUGUAUUUACAGUAUUUUGACUAAGCAACUAAAGCACAAAUGCUUUCGGUUCAAAUGAGACUGUUCCCUCACAGCUGUACUAAACAUUUUGUUGUAAAUGGCUUUCAAAAGGUCCAAGAUGAGCUAACUUUUUGAUUCACUUACAAAGACAUAAACAACACUGGUAAAUAUGAGAUAGAGGUGAACAGAACAUUUGGUGAGUUAAAAAAUAGCUCUACUACAAGUCCUGCCACUGUAAGAUUGCAUAUUGAUUUUGCAUCAGUGACCUAAGCAUGAGAGCUAUAAAUCGGGGCCAAGCAGCGAUGACUCCGUCUCACUUCCCAGCUUUUAUACAAGUUAAUACAGCAUGCCACAUAUUUGGUUUCAGCAAACUUAAAAGAAUGCGUUUUGUUUUUGGACAAAGAUUCAGAAAAGACAACAUCAAAUCACUUACAGACCAUUAAAAAUAAAAAUGGGAACACUGCUAUUAUAUGUCUAAAAAGCUUGGCUUGUUUAUAAGACUGAAAGUGAAAUCAGCUUUAUCCUUUCAUUUGUGUUUUUUGGAAGCUUCCUUUCAUAACGGGCACAGUGGGGACACAGGAUGGUUUGUAUAUAUCACCUAAAUGAGCUGUGCGUGGUAUGCAUCAGUAGGGACCCAUGUGUGAGAUUAUGUGUGUCAAAUGUAAUAUGCUACAGUGCAUAUUGUUAUGUGACAGUGCAACAUGGCAUUGAUAUGAUGACAGAUUGAAAUGUGUGUUUCAUGCUUACAAUACCCAUACUAUUCUACUAUUCAGAUGUUUUUUCUGUUUGUUUGUUUUUUUUUCCACAACAUUCUUGGAUACACUUAUUUUCAACAGCUAAAUGGGACAUUGGACCUAUAGUGGAAAGAGUCAGAAUGACAAUCUUGAAGGUCCAGAAUAGCAUCUGUCUUAUUUCCAGUGUGAACAUCACUGUAUACA